AUGUCCCAAUCAGCCUUUGCCAACCCGACCGCACCUGCCUAUGAAAAGGAGAAGAAACCCAGCAAGUUAAGCCGUCUACUCGGGAAGCGAGAGAAGACUCCAGAGCCGCAGCCAGACGUCGGACCCGAUUCAGCGUAUGCGUCGAGUGGAGCCAACAGCGCGGAUGGUGCUCACGGAGGCAUUACUCCCGAAGGAGAAAUAAACCAGAACGAGAUAAUAUCUGCGGAGAAGAAUAGCGAGAUAGCCAACAUCGACCAAGACAGGAAUCUCGCAUUGAAACCCUCGACUGGGGAGGUUUUCGAUGAAGAUACAGGAGAAGUGGUCACUGUAGUGACAACGACGACCACGACCACGACGACCACUACUACAAGAGGCGGAAAGAAGCAGCAAGAUGUCCAAAAGGAUGUCAAGCGCGAAGUACAACCCGGUCCGGGUCAGCAACCUCAACUGCUAGAAAUGCCCGCAGGCUCGACAACCCCGGAGCAUCCUCAUCCACCUACUGUGGCAUCUACUAGCACGGCGCAGAAAGGAAGGCCACCUGUGGUGGCCAGUGGAGGAUUGCUUGCAGCUGACUCUCCCCCAAUACCCGCUAAAAGUGCCAUGAGGAGAUCCGGAGACUUCACACGGGACGCCUACCAUGCAGACAAUGGUCCUGUCAGCCCCGUCGACCCUCCUUUUGCAAGACGCAACAGCGGAACACCCCCUGCCAGUCCCUCGAGGCACAACUUCAGCUACCCCAGCCGUUCGUCCUUAAAAACAGCUGAUCAGCCGAUGCGACACAAUCAAAGUACGAUCAACGAUCUGCGUGCAGCGGCUAAGGGACUUCACGGUGUUGGAGAAACUCUUCGAGGCACAUUUAGCUCGACGAUCGACAAACGCUUUCCAUCCAAAAAUCCGGAAAAGGCUGCUCGAAUCAACGCCCAUAACGAAGAAAUUCUAGAAAGGGGUCGCGCUGAAAUGGAAGGUGUCCCUGGAGGUUGGCCGGCACAUGAAGCUGACGAGUAUCAAACCGAAUAUGCCCACCAUGAGCCCAUCCCAGCAACCGAACCAGAGGUAGCACCGCCAGUGACGGGCCGAGGUUCCCCAGACAAAUCUGGAAGUCUGAGAAAGCUAUUCAAGCGGAAACCGGUCGCCGAACAAGGUAUGGCAAGAUAA